CAUCUUUUACCUUCUGUCAUCUGGAAAGAGGCUUUCCUCCAGCGGGACUCAGACGUCGCCGGGAUGGAGCUCGCUGGUGCUCUCGGCAUGCAUCACCUGUUUGGUCUACUUUGUCUGGUUUACGUCGUCUAUAAGUUAACCGUCUUGCUCGCCCAGAGAAGGGAUAAUCUUCGGGGUUAUGAAGCUUUUCCAGGACCACCGGGACACUGGCUUUUUGGACAUGUUUUUCAGUUUAAACAAGAUGGGACAGACAUGGACAAGGUACUGGAAUUUGGACAGCAGUACCCUUAUGCUUUCCCACUGUGGUUUGGUCCAUUUGUUUGUUUCCUCAACAUUCACCAUCCAGAUUAUGUGAAAACUAUACUGGCAACAACAGAGCCGAAAGACAACCUUUCAUACAAUUUUAUUGAGUCUUGGAUUGGAAAUGGCUUAUUGGUGUCGAAAGGUCAGAAGUGGUUCCGUCACAGACGGCUCUUGACCCCAGGAUUUCAUUACGAUGUUUUGAAACCAUACAUAAAACUCAUGUCAGAUUCUGCUAAAACUAUGUUGGACAAAUGGGAAAGUUGUGCGAAGACCAACGAGGCCUUUGAAUUGUUUGAACAUGUGAGCCUUAUGACACUGGACAGCAUCCUGAAAUGUGCCUUCAGCCACAACAGCAACUGUCAGAUUGAGAGGGGGAGAAAUACAUACAUAAAAGCAGUGUAUGAACUUAGCGAUCUGAUUAACUUGAGGUUCAGGACAUUUCCAUACCACAGUGACCUCAUUUUCUACCUCAGCCCACAUGGCUUCAGAUACAGAAAAGCGUGCAGGGUGGCUCACAGUCAUACAGAGGAAGUCAUAAGAAAGAGGAAAGAAGCACUAAAGGAGGAGAAGGAGAUGGACCGCAUACAGGCCAAGAGAAACUUGGACUUUCUGGACAUCCUUCUCUUGGCGAGAGAUGAGAAGCAGCAGGGUCUGUCAGAUGAAGACAUACGAGCAGAAGUGGACACGUUCAUGUUUGAGGGCCAUGACACCACAGCCAGCGGCAUCUCUUUCAUCCUCUACUGUCUGGCCUGCCACCCAGAGCACCAGAAGCUUUGCAGGGAUGAGAUCAUGCAAGCCUUGGAUGGCAAAGACACCAUGGAGUGGGAGGACCUCAGUAAAAUUCCAUACACUACAAUGUGCAUAAAGGAAUCCCUCCGUCUUUAUCCUCCUGUACCAGGAAUGUCCAGAAAAAUCACCAAGCCCAUGACUUUUUUUGAUGGAAGGACUUUGCCAGCAGGUAGCAUUGUUGGAACAAGUGUGUUUGGGAUUCACAGGAACGCAUCUGUCUGGGAAAACCCUGAUGUCUUUGACCCGCUGCGUUUCCUGCCAGAGAAUGCAUCCAAGAGGUCAUCUCAUGCAUUUGUGCCCUUCUCUGCUGGGCCAAGAAACUGCAUUGGUCAGAACUUCGCCAUGAAUGAGAUGAAAGUGGUGACAGCCCUGACACUGAAGAAAUACCACCUGAUAGAGGACCCCGCCUGGACACCCAAAUUAAUUCCCAGACUGGUGCUUCGCUCAAUCAAUGGCAUCCACAUCAAGAUCAAACCUGUAGACCAAUAAGUGUAAAGGGAAAUAAAUAACUGCAGGAAAUUCUGGAAAAUAGAUUGUUCAGUUAGAUGAAAUUUGAGUUCAGGUAUCUUCAUUUCCUGAUAAGUCUUGACACUGAUACAUAAUUUAGUUAAUGAUGAAACUUUAAACUCCUGUUGAAUUUUUAUUUUGUAAUUAUUUUCUCACACUGGGCUAGUGUUUAUGGUGCCAUUGUUUCCCUUACUGUAAAAAAGAAAAAUUUUAGGGCAUUUAAGUAGCUUUGUAAUUAGAAAUGUUUCAAAUAACAUUUUUAUGUGUUCAUUUGUGAAUGAGUUAUUCAGUGUAUUUAAUCCUCAGUUCUGAGCAGGCUUCUGGAGCCUGGAGCCUGUGACUGUCUUCCUCCCCCCCCCUCCAUAAAGAGUGCUUAAAAAUUAACAAAACGUAAUCCCACUCGGUGAAAAGUUGCUUUCGGCCUCUUGUGAAAGUGAUUUUGUCUGUGCCCCAUGAACCUGUUUAUAACCAGAAAAGAGAGUCAACGGUCGUGUGAAUGAGCAACAUACAUUUGGAGGAAAGGCAGUUAAAAUCAGAGCCAGGACAAUAUGGCACUAUUAAACCACAGUCUAAAAUCAGAGUUACGAGUCAAAAGUAAUUCGUUUUUUUAUUUACAGUCAUAUGAUUACAAAAUCCACACAUCCACAAAGACAAGAAGUCACCAGUACAGUUUGCAAAUGUGAAACACCCCGUCGGUCCUUGAUGUCGAACCCAGACUUCACUCUGUGUAAACCUGUUAGCUGUUCACCAGUUCAUGGCGGCCAGUCACAUCUUUAUGCUGCUACGCAAACACACAGUUCCUAUGUCUCAAGUCAGUUCAAGGCAAAGAAAAUAUAAGUAUACUGUAUAAACGUCUUUGUUCUCUGCUGAAUGUGACAGAUGUUAACAUGCUCCUUGAAUAUUAAAACACUAAAUCCAAACCUUUA